UCCUAGCUGCCAGAUGCCCAACCGCUGGAGAGGAUCUCGAUGUCUCCAUUUUAAAUUUCCUCUCCCACUCGCUGGCAUUAGAAUAAGAUUAUAAGAUUCAGUGCCAGGCUGCCAGCCGAUUACUUGUGUUCAUUGGGGGAUAAACUAAUGAACACAGACCGGGACAAAACGAUUUCUCCGACCUUGACUCCCAGUCCCGCUCCCCCUCUCCCAGUAGUCAUGAGCAGCCUCUGUAAUAUCCGGUGGUGGUGGGAAGCAAGCAAUCAGAAGGACCAGUUCAACCAAACACCAGUCACCCUCACCCUCCUCGUCCUUGCCCUAUUCUGGUACACAUGGUUGCUCAAGAAAUCAAGGAACCAAAACCAUCCAUUGCCGCUAGGGCCACGACCACUGCCACUCGUAGGGAACCUCCCCUUCCUGGACCCAGAGCUCCACACCUACUUUGCUAAACUGGCUAGGACCUACGGUCCCAUCUUUAAGCUCCAGUUCGGCAAUAAGGUGGGCGUAGUUGUAAGCUCUCCAUCCUUGGCUAAGGAGGUCCUCAAGGAUCAGGACACCACCUUUGCCAACCAUGACCCGCCAAUAGCAGGACUUGUCGCCACAUACGGCGGCAUUGACAUAGCAUGGAGUCUGUAUGGUCCGCAGUGGCGGCUGCUGCGCAAGGUGUGCGCGCACGAAAUGCUCGGCAAUGCCUCCCUCAACACAGUUUACCAUCAUCGCCGGCAGGAAAUCCGUCGGACCAUCUGCCAUAUAUACAGCAAUUCUGGAUCUCCAAUCAACGUGGGUGAACAGAUGUUCCUGACUCUGCUCAAUCUAAUCACCAACAUGUUGUGGGGUGACACCCCCAAGGGCGAGACCCAUAGUGCAGGAGCAGAGUUUCGGCAAGUCAUCCGCGAGAUGAAUGAACUUCUGGGUGAGCCGAACUUCUGGGUAAGCCCAACGUCUCAGAUUUCUAUCCAAGUCUGGCCGCUUUGA